CUGCCAAGUAAACAAGUUAAAUCCGUGAUUGAUCUCAACUUGUGAAGUUCUGUGAGUGACUCUAGUGUGUCUAACAUGGCGUGUGGUACGAGUUUUGUGAAAUAUGUGCUGUUCUUCUUCAACCUGGUCGUCGCGCUAUUCGGCUUAGCGGUGGUCGGCGUCGGCGUGGCAGUAUUGAUGAACUGGACGCUCAUCACCCAGGAGCUGCAGCGCCAGGGCCAUCUGGCGGUCGCACCAUGGGUCUUCAUUAUCGUCGGCGCCAUCAUGUUCGUCAUCGCCUUCUUUGGCUGCUGCGGAGCUAUUAGGGAGAGCCACUGCAUGGUCGUCACGUACGCUAUCUUCUUGCUGGUGAUCAUCAUCGUGCAAGUGGUCCUGGCUGUUCUGAUGUUCACCUAUGGCGAAACCAUCCAGCAGCAUUUGGUCACGACCGUGGACAAGAUCUUCGACAACUCCCGCAACAGUCCCAGCGACAGUGAGCGACAGGCCGCACAGGUCGUCUUUGUGAACAUCGAACAGCAGUUAGAAUGCUGCGGAAAGGGUGGCCCAAGCGACUACGGUAGAUUCACCCAAGUCGCGAGUCUGCCCUCCUCGUGCUGCGUGCGAAGUGGCACUAGUACCGCCUCCAUAGCCGGACAGUGCACCCUGAUCGACGCUAACAAAGAAGGCUGUCGGCAAAAGGUCGCCGAAAUCUACCAAACCUGGAAUAAGACCAUCGCUGCAAUCGCUAUUGGUGUCGCUUGUAUUGAGGUGGUCGGGGCCCUGUUCGCGCUGUGCCUCGCCAAUUCUAUAAGAAACAUGGACAGAAGGUCACGCUACUAAUAUUUUGUAUUACAACUGGUACGCUUAAGUCGACGCGCAAAUACAUUCUAAUUGAGAACAAUAGAAGACAAAUGAAAAACCACUAAACGUGUACAAGUUAAAAUUUAAGAAUAGUUCGGAUUAGCGCACCCACCUUUCGACGCCCUUAAUUGUUUUUACAACGAUUGUUUUUAUACUACCUGAUGUUGUUUUCUACGAUUUUCGAUCGAUAUUUAUUAGUUAAGUUUCCGUAUGAAAAGAAACUAAAAGGAUAAGAAUCUGAACAUACAAGUAUAUGUCCAAUUUAGAAUAUGAAGUCUCAUAAUCGUCAGGUGCACUGUUACUUUCGACCAUUAAAAUAAAAUAUAUAACAAUGAAGGCCAAGCAAAAUCGAAUAUUAUUGCUUAGUUAUCUAGAGAUUUCGGUGUCGAAACUCGAUGAAUGACUCAAUGUAAUUUAAAAUAUUUUAUUUACUACUAUUGACUGCUUUUCUUGUAUUGAAAGCCAUGAACGCCUCUAGAUAUUAAGAUUUGAAUGUGUAAUCUACUGUUGUUGUAACAUUGUAUGUGCAUAAAAUAUUGAUAAUUAUGAUUAUUACAUCAUGUUGCAAAUUUAAUUAAAAGACGCGCUGUACCGUGUAAGUUAAUGAAACUCAUUUUUUUAUCCAAAUAUUUUUUUGUGUUCGAUCUGUUUAUUACAUUUCCAUUCAUCGUCCCUUUCUCAAUUGCCGCUUCCGACCUUUUGUCGUAUUGAACGAUCAUACUUAUC